CAACGUUUGCACGCAGCAAAUUCAGACCAUGGCGAAAGAUGUCAGGAAUCCCGAAUUUUGGAACAAAUUUAUGCAGCGGCCAGAGGUGCAAGCUGCGAUGCGCUCGAAACUGAAAUACGAAAGCGCUGCUGAGGCAGCGCAGAGAACCAAGCUGGACAAACUGGAAAGAAAGCAGAGAAGGUACGAGAUCAUGGAUGAGUUGAUGAAAUGCGCGACCAACAUCAAGCACCUCAUUUCUCCAAUGUUCCGGUACAAAAUCACGCAACAGUACCUUUGGAAGGUACUGUGUGAAGCUCGAAAAGAAGGGAUUCUUUUCUGCGACAAGUUACGGCAACCACAGGUUUACCACCGGCUGCAGGCGAUUAAGGCCGAGAUCACGGCAGGUCCCUAUGGAGUGGCCGGCUGGCAAGCUGAAGAAGAGGUGGAGGAAGAUUUGAUGGACAAGAUGGUGGUGGAAGCCGAUUGUAUCCCUGGGGGUAUCGAUGGUGAGGCACCGGACCGCAAGCAAGUCUUAGAUCGACGAGAGAUUCAGGGCGUCCUCGAUUUUGGGCAGAAGAUCAAGACGGAAGGGAACGAGGCCUUCCUGAACGAGAAUUGGGAAGGAGCUCUUACCAGGUACUGCCAAGGAGACGAAAUGCUGAAGAACUUUGCCGCCGAGCCCCAUCUCGACAAGGAAAACAAGGAAUUGAAGACGAUGCACCGCCAGUGCUUGAACAACAAGGCCAAUGCUGCCCUGCAGAUGGACCAGUGGCAGACGGCGCUGCGGGCGGCCGAAUCGGCCUUGAAGCUGAAGAUGGACGAUGAGAAGGCACUCUUCCGGAAGGCACAAGCUCUGGAAGGUCUAGGACGGACUGAUGAGGCCUUGGAAGUAUUGGAUGAAGUGGAACAGAUCGCCGAAGAUAUGGAUGAGGACUUCAGGGAACAAAUCCUGGACGAUGUCAAAGAACGACGCGAGGAGAUCAAGGCGAUCGAGCACAAGGCUGCCAAGAGCUUCAACAACAUGUUCAAAGCUAUGGGAGAUAAGCAGGUCUUCGGCAGUGGCCGCUUCUUGGCGGAUGGCACUUCGCCGCCCCCGGCACUCACAGGUGCCGAAGAGAGGCAGCUGAAGCGAAUCAAGGAGCAAGACGAGUAUCGGGCCGGCAAGCUGAAGUACGAGUUGGAGCAGCGGCGAAAGGAAGGAAAGCCGCUGGUCGACCUUCCACAAGAGCCCGAGAUGCCAACACCCAACAAGCCGCCCCUAGGCUUCCGAAGCUCCGAAAGGACCAGGACCCUGACCAAGGCUCAGGCCCAGCAGCUCUUGGAGGAGCUUUUUUGGAACAUGGGGUUGAAACUGCAAACAGUACAGCUGUCAGCUUGGGACGCCAUGGCACCUACAGGUGUGACAGCGUUCCAAUAUGGCACAGGCGAGAAAAGCUGCCUGAGUCAGCCACGAGGCUUACACCUAGACCAGGAUGGCAACCUCUACGUCGCCGACUUCGGGAACUUCUGUGUGGUCCGCUUCGCGACCACCGAAGGGAACGACGGGAACGGUCCCGGCGGCCGUGUGGUGGUGGGGCAGCGAGGGAAACAGCUGCUGGAUGUGGAUUACCUCAAGGACAUCGGCAAACCCUUGGCUCCGGCUGACGGUGAAGGGGUGCUCCUGAAGAACCCCAUCGAUGUGGCGCUCAACGCGGACGGCUCUCUUCUGGUGCUGGACUGCCCCAUGGGCCGAGUGCAGUGUUUCGAGCAAGGUGCUAAAACGUCCUUGGCCACGGUGAUGGUUCCGCCGCCCAGGUCCAUGCCAGCCAAGUCUCUGGCGGUGCCCGAAGCCAUCAAGCAUCCGCGCUCCAUGCUUCGCCUGUCCGAUGGAAGUCUGGUGAUUUGCGACACCUGGAGUCACCGGGUACUGAAGUACAACAAGGACGCCAUGGCGCCAGAGUUGCUGGCUGGCUCGCCGAACUCCUGUGGCUGUAGCGACUCGCAGCUGAACUUCCCCAGCUGCGUGGCCUUUGGGUCGGACGGCUGUCUGUUGGUGGCGGAUACGAAUAACCACCGCAUCCAGCGCUUCCAACCGGGCGAACUCACAGGCGUGACCGUGGCGGGCUCUGCGGCUGGGAAGGCUGGCGAUGGUCCUUGGGAGUUGUGCAUGCCCACAGGUGCGGAGAGGUGGAGAUGGUGA